UCUGUUACAAAAGUAGCCCCGAUGGCGGCGGAUCACAGCAAGCAGAAGCUGCCGCCGCCCGAGUAGCAAGAGCCUCUCUCUCUCUCGCCCGCCUCUGGCUGCGUCUCCCGCUUCCCGCCCUCCACCCACCGAGCGCGGCCGCUUCCCUCCGCCUCUCCGCCCAGCCGCCCGGGAGGAGCCGCUGCCUGCUUCUCUGAAGCUGCCUGUGGCUUUACACAGAAGAGGAGAGAGAGAGAUUGAUUGAUUAGUAUUAUUCCUCCCGUGCUCUCCCCGAUUAUUAUUUUUUGAACUUCACCACUAUCAUCAUCAUCAACAUCAUUAUUAUCAUCACCACCACCAUCCUUUUAUCUGGCACUUGUGGGCAAGGGGGCAUCGAUCUUCGAUCAGGAAGAUGGCUGCUGGCUGGUGGCUCUUUUUCACCCUGACCCUUUUGCAGUCCUUGGUGAUAAACCUCUCCGCAGACGGGCCCUUCCCUUCUGCCACCACGAUAAAGCGGUGGGUGGAUAAGAUGCAAGAAGACCUAGUAAGGCUGGUGAAAACAGCGAGUGGGGUGGAUGAACUUGCUCAAAUAUACCUGCGAAACACAGACUUAUAUACCGUGGAGGCCAACAAUGCACGGCAGCUGGUAGAAAGUGCAGCCCGAGAAAUUGAAAAACUCCUGAGUAACAGAUCCACAGCAUUGGUGCGCCUUGCUGAAGCAGCAGAGAGAUUUCAGAAAGAACAUCAGUGGCAAGAUGAGUUUGCGACUAAUGAGAUUGUCUACUACAAUGCAAAGGAUGACCUGAAUGAAUCUGGAAGAAACGAGAGUGAAACUGGUAGUCAGAGAAUCAAACCGGUGUUUGAGGAAGAUCCCAUCUUUCGUCGGCAAACAUCCUACCAGAAUGCAGCAGUCCACAUACCUACGGAUAUAUAUGAAGGCUCUACAAUCGUGUUGAAUGAACUGAACUGGACCGGAGCUUUAGAUGAAGUCUUUAAAAGGAACAGAGAAGAAGACCCAACCUUGCUUUGGCAAGUUUUUGGCAGUGCAACUGGCCUCGCUAGGUAUUACCCAGCAUCUCCAUGGGUAGACAAAAGUCAAGCUCCAAACAAGAUAGAUCUGUACGAUGUCCGUAGAAGACCAUGGUAUAUCCAAGGAGCUGCAUCUCCCAAAGACAUGCUCAUUCUAGUCGAUGCGAGUGGCAGUGUCAGUGGAUUAACACUGAGGUUGAUCCGAACAUCCGUCAUUGAGAUGUUGGAAACCUUGUCCGAUGAUGAUUUUGUGAAUGUUGUUUCAUUCAAUGAAAAUGCUCAAAACGUCAGUUGCUUCAACCACCUUGUACAAGCUAAUGUGAGAAACAAGAAGAAGCUGAAAGAAGCCGUCAAUAAAAUCUCAGCAAAAGGGAUCACCGAUUAUAAAAAGGGCUUUAGCUACGCCUUUGAACAGCUGCUAAAUCACAGCCACAGUGUCUUCAGAGCUAACUGCAACAAGAUUAUAAUGUUAUUUACCGAUGGUGGUGAAGAAAAAGCACAGGAGAUUUUUGACAAAUACAACAAGGAGAAAAAAGUCCGUGUAUUUACAUUUUCUGUUGGUCAACAUAAUUAUGACAAGGGACCCAUACAAUGGAUGGCCUGCAAAAAUAAAGGUUACUAUUAUGAAAUUCCUUCCAUUGGUGCCAUAAGAAUAAACACACAGGAGUACUUGGAUGUUUUGGGGAGACCAAUGGUUCUGGCUGGGAAGCAAGCCAAACAAGUCCAGUGGACUAACGUUUACUUGGAUGCCCUGGAACUUGGCUUGGUCAUUUCUGGAACCCUGCCUGUCUUCAACUUGACAAAAGACCAAAACGAGAAGCAGAACCAGUUGAUACUUGGAGUAAUGGGAGUUGAUGUCUCUCUAGAAGAAAUAAAAAAACUGACUCCACGGUUUACACUUUGUCCAAAUGGAUACUAUUUCGCAAUUGACCCCAAUGGUUAUGUGUUGCUUCAUCCAAAUCUUCAGCCAAAGCACAUUGGUGCGGGCAUACCCAAAAUUAGAAAAAGGAGACCCCAUGUCCAGAAUCCUAAAUCUCAGGAGCCAGUGACGCUGGAUUUUCUGGAUGCAGAGCUGGAAAACGAUAUUAAAGUUGAGAUUCGGAAAAAAAUGAUAGAUGGAGAAAGCGGAGAUAGGACAUUUAGAACGCUGGUCAAGUCUCAAGAUGAGCGCUACAUCGACAGAGGAAACAGAACUUACACAUGGACAGCUGUAAAUGGUACUGAUUACAGUUUGGCCUUGGUGUUACCAUCCUACAGCUUUUACUACAUAAAAGCCAACAUUAAGGAAGCACUAACUCAGGCAAAAUUUACGGAAACUCUGAAGCUAGAUCGCUUUGAUGAAUUCGGCUACACCUUUUUAGCACCAAGAGACUACUGUGGGCCUGUGAAAAUAACUGACAACAACACUGCAUUUCUUCUGAAUUUCAGUGAAUUUAUAGAUCGAUACACCCCCCAAAAUCCUUCAUGUAAUGAUAUGGUUAUGAGAGCUUUGCUGGAUGCAGGAUUUACAAGUGAACUUGUUCAGAAUUACUGGAGUAAGCAGGACCCUGAGGGGAUUACAGCACGAUUUGUAGCUACGGAUGGAGGCAUCACUAGAGUGUAUCCCAAAAGUGCAGGAGAAUAUUGGACAGAAAAUCCUGAAACCUACGAAGAAAGCUUCUACAAAAGGAGCUUAGAUAAUGAAAACUACAUCUUCACAGCUCCCUUCUAUAACAGAAGUGUAUCUGAAGAUGGCAUUAUGGUCAGCAAGGCUGUGAAAAUAACCGUCAAUGGAAAACUUCUGAAACCUGCAGUUGUUGGAGUAAAAAUCAAUGUGACCAACUGGAUGGAGAAUUUCACCAGAAUCACUACAAAGAAUCAGUUACAGUGCAAAAGUGAACUGUGUGGAUGUGAAAAGAACAGUCGGCAUGUUGACUGUGUUAUCCUUGAUGAUGGAGGAUUUCUUUUGAUGACAAAUCAGGAUUGGGAUAUGCAAGAGAUUGGAAAAUUCUUUGGUGAGAUUGACCCUGGCCUCAUGCGAAAUCUCAUCAACAUGUCCUUAUAUGCCUUUAACAAGUCUUAUGACUAUCAGUCUGUGUGUGACCCAGAAGAGGAAGCAAAGCAAGGAGCCGGACUCCGCUCUGUCUAUGUGCCUACGAUAGCAGAUAUGUUACAUCUAGGGUGGUGGGCCUCUGCAGCCGCUUGGUCUAUCUUGCAGCAGCUCUUUUUGGGCCUCACAUUCCCACGUUUUCUUAGUGCCGUGGAAAUGGAGGAAGAAGACUUCAGUGCCAUCCCCUCAAAACAGAGCUGCAUUACAGUACAAACUCAGUAUUUCUUUGCCAAUGAUGAAAAAUCAUUUUAUGGCAUUUUAGAUUGCAUAAACUGUUCUAGACUUUUUCAUGCAGAGAAGAUUUCCAAUACGAAUUUAGUAUUCAUAAUGAGUGACACCAAACAUAUGUGUCGUCACUGUGAUACAAGACCGCUGAUGCAAGCAGAGAAGCCUGAUGAGGGGCCAAACCCCUGUGAAAUGGUCCAGCAACCCAGAUACAGAAAAGGGCCCGAUGUCUGCUUUGAUGAUGAUAUUGACGAGGAUGCGUCAGACUGUGGUGGGGUCUCUGGAUUGAGCCCAUCACUAUGGUCUAUGGUAGGAAUUCAGCUUAUCCUGCUCUGGCUGUUAUCUGGCAGCAGACACUGCCAGUUAUGACCCUGUUAAAACCAAAACCUGCAUAAUAAAUCAAGAUCCUGCCAAAAUGUUAGCCCACCAUUUCAUUUGGAAAAGGAGGGUCCGUCUGCUCAGACCGCAGAUCAAUGGCAAUGCCCAUUACUUGAUAUAUUCUUUGGGAAAGACUCUGAAGGCACCCAUCGUGACUGCAUGUUGGCGUGUCAGAUCUGUAAACGUGUGUGAAUGCUGCAUCAUCUAGGCCAUUGGAACUGAAUUCUCUAUGUGCUUUAUUGAAGAAUUGCGGUUUCUGUGCUUUUGAAGACUUUUCUGUAAAAAGGGCUCCCCUUUAAAAGGUUAUGACAUGGUUUCGGUUAAUUUGACCCGAGUUUUCAAUUGUGUUGCACUCUUUUUUGUUUAACAUGAAUGCUUUGUAAGGGGGAGAAGGAAACCCGGCCAUUUCCUUAGCACUCUUAUUUAGCGUACUGAUGUUUUAAUGUCUGCUUUCAAUAUCACUUGUGUCCACAAUGCAAAAUAGACUUUGAUCCAGAGUUGGUUCAGACUGGCUAGAAGACCUCUACAGAGAUUCAACACUACUUAAAAUGCCUUAUGACGAAUUAUUCCCCCCAGCCAUAAUUAGUCUAAAGGGGUGGCCAGGUUGAGUAGGCUCAUGAAAUGAAUACAAUUUUUUAAAAGGCAAAAAUGAAACAACAUAAUGUCUAAGUAGAAGGGUUAUUGAGAAUGUCAUCCUUUGGCAGAAAAUGUGGUUUUCAUCCCAAAUUUGGUGUCUGUUUCCUCAUUGCACAGUUAUUGAUGUCCACAUCACAGUUCUUGUUCUCAGAACAAUGACUUACUGCUAGCCAAGUCCUCCAAAAUGUUCAGACACAAAGUUUGUGAAUAAAAAUUUCUUUGUGAAUAUUGAACGUUGGUUUCCAAGGGUAUUUUGCAUGAUGUUGAAGCUGCUACUUUUGCUGUUUCUUUCAGUUUGGUUUUUCCCCUUUAUUCUUUUGAUGGUAGAGUAUAGGUUUUGGGAUUUUUUGUUUUUGUUUCUUUGAAAAGGUAACCGAGUGAUUUUUGUUGUUGUGUGAGAUACCAAAUAUUGCAAUGUGAUGCAAUUUGAUCUUAAGUUAUAUAUUGUUAAACAGAUAUCUGAAUAUACUGUGCAAUGUAAAAGUGGAAAGGAGGUAUGGUACAUUUAUCUGUCUGCACUAAUAAGGAAAAGAUGGGUUUUAUGCAGGUGAAAACACCUAACAUUCUAUCUACAGGUGUUUUAAAUAAAUGAAAUCAAAUUACAGGCAUUUAGAUUUGAAGAGCAUGUAUGCUCAGAUUUGUAUCUGGUAGAUUCUUGUUUGUUUCCAUUGCAGUUAGUACCUACCUAUUAGUACCUAUAAAGCAUUUACCUUUUUAUUAUUUUAUAGUUAAAAUGUGCUGAAUUCAACUAAAACUGUGCUGAAUUUUACUAAAACAGUAGCAAAACCUGAACAAAUGGGGAGCCUUGAAUCUAUAUGUAUGUUCAAUGAUACUUGAUUGUCAAUAAUAAAAAAUACUGUUUUUUAUACAAACCUGGUGAUGAAUCGGAUAGGUGAAGGAAAAUAACAGUAAAGAAUAUUGUAGAUGCAGGAUAAAAUCAUAGCUGCCAAGUUAUCCCUUUUUUUAAGGGAAAUUCCCUUAUGCUUAAUAGGCUUCCUCGCGAGAAAAGGGAAAACUUGGCAGCUAUGGAUAAAAUAUGUUCUCACCCUCAUAUAUUUCAGAACUAACCAGUAUUGCAAGACAGCUAAACCAAUGAAUGUUUAACUUUAUUGAUAUUGUAGAAAUCUGCUAACAGCUGCAGUGUGGUAUUUACUUUGUAUAAGAAACCCCACUUUUAAAAAAAAGUAAUAAAAAGCUGUUAAAUGACUCUCAUCUAAUGUUGAGUCCAAACGUCUAUGAAAAUUAUUGGGAAUGCAUUUAUAUGCAAUGUCAGGUGGGUUUUUUUUCAAACUUUAUAUGGAUUUAAAGUUUCUGGUUUUAGUCUUGUCCAACAUUGAAUUAUUUUCUUCUUAAGUACCCUCGCUUCUAGCUUUACUAUGAAAAUCAGAGAUUAUAGAAGAGCAACAUAAUGAGGACAGUUCUUUAACAGCUUGUUUGCAAAGUCAUGUAUGUGGUUGUAAAUAAAAGAACAGUUUCAAUGGAUUUGUAGGAAGCAGUUGUGUAAUCCUAAGGAAACAUGAAAAUGGUGGAAAGAAAAUAACUCAGGAGAGUCUCAUUCUGCUGCACUUUUGUUGCCUUUACCCAAUUAUCAUCAGAGCCAGAAUGAUUAGCUUAUCUCGACUAAUAUUCUCUUUAUGAAGAAGACACUCAUGAGGCAGCAAAAGUUUGUUUGGCAAGUAUUCAUUUGCAUCUUAGUUUCAAACACUAAAAAAAAAAAAACAACCAACAGGUGGCAGUUAAGUAUUGUGUUUUCUUUAUUUUUUUCCCCUGAAAUGUAUUAGGAGUAAAAUUGCAACGUUGUUGGACUGAACUCGGCUUCAUCUUGCUAGGAGCUGAUUGUGCCUUGGAUGGUUAGACUAGUGGGAAGAGCUGCCUGCAUCUUAUGAAUUCCUCUGCUGGAUCAGGCCAUUUGUCCAUCUGCUUCAGCAUUCUGCCUAACAAUGGCUGGGCACAGGUAUUUAAGAGAACUUGACCAGAGCACGAGGGAUACAACAAUCCCUCUUGUUAAUUCCCAAGAUUUUUAUAGUGAAAAAUCAUCUCAGCCUAGCAUCGGAAAGUCCCCUAAAAGGACCCCCAAAUAAACCCCCUAUUUAGGUACAAUCUCUUAGGGUGCUGAGACAAUUGGCUGGGAUAACGUCAGCAUGAGUUUAAAAAUGGUGCAGAAUGAGCCACCAACUGACCAGCAGAUAGCUGUCAAAAAAAAGGCAAAAGAGAGUGUGGCCUUGAAAAGAGAGAGAGAGGGGAUUUAGUGCAUUUCAUAACAUCCCAUAACACUAUGUUGACACAAGCAAGUGUUCGCAUAUGAACAUUAAAUGCAGCCUUAGUGAAUAUAGAGGGUCAUUUAUCAAUAGGUUAUAGCCUGAUAGUAACCACUGGGUAAGACAAUUGGUAAAUGUAAUUGUGUUAAGUAUAGAGAAGAAUUUUAGCAAAGGUUGUGUUUACACUGGGAGUUUAUUCUGGGAUUUCUAUUCAGUGUUCACUCACUUUUUAUGGUAGAUCCAGGUGUUCACAAUCAGCCCUUUGCGUUCUGGUAUUUCUGUAUUAUUCUCCCACCUUUUUUCCAGUCCUGCUUUAGAGCAAACAUUUCUAUUACUUCAAACAUACGUGCAAUGUCAGCUGCUGGUGUGGACCAACGAAACACUACAGAGGUUUUUCAGGGCUACUGUGAAUUUCAUUAGAAGCCACAACAUCCUGCUGGUAUUGCCUCUAACUGUUUCCUGUUCAGCAAAACUGGAACAUUCAUUGUUCCUUAAUUAAUCACCUCUUGUUCCCUGCAAAGGGGACAGAUUAAUCAGUGGCUUUCUCUCAUUAUUCUUAUCUUUUUAAUUACAUAAUAAAGAAGAAAAGAAAUGAAAGAAGCUGCUUAUAAACUCGCUGAACUAAUUGAAGAGAAACCCAUCCGUAAUGCCAUGGCUGCACUGAACAGGAAGCAAGUAGAGGCAGAAACUUCUAACUAAUGCUGCAGGGAACUUCUCCAGAAAGGGAUCUUAGUCAUGGAAAUUGGUCUUGGAGGAUAAUCUAGUGGUGGCAUUUCUAGCUGAUUGCGGGAAAAGAAGGCUUCGGCAGCUGUGGAAGCAACCAACAAUUUUUAACUCAUCAGAAACCUGUUGGAAAUUCUCUCUACUACUUGUUAAGAUAACCCAGGCAACUGGCUUGCUUGCACAGUGCUUAAAUGUAAUUUGCUUCAUGCUCUGUGGAGAAUAGGAGAAUCCUGACAAACAUAUCUGAGAAAUUAGAAUAGAAGAACUGGACAUUAGAAUCGAAUAGAAUGAAUAGAAUAGAAUAGAAUAGAAUAGAAUAGAAUAGAAUAACAAACAGGAGCAAGCACCUUUUUACUGUCAAACACAUUCAUAUGUGUACACGGUCCAGGAAAGAGCUAGUUCUUUGUAUUAAAACGAUGUUUAAAAGAAUGUCCACUAUGUCUUAGGCAGGGGUCAGCAAACUUUUUCAGCAGGGGGUCAGUCCACUGUCCCUCAGACCUUGCGGUGGUGGUGGACUAUAUUGGGGGGGGGAUGAACAAAUUUCUAUGCCUCAGAAAUAACCCAGAGAUGCAUUUUAAAUAAAAGCACACAUUAAAGGACACAUUCUACUCAUGUAAAAACAAACUGAUUCCUGGCUAGUCCAUGGACUGGAUUUAGAAGGCGAUUGGGCUGGAUCCAGCCCCCUUAGUUUGCCUACCCAUGUCUUAGAGGUCCAUCAAUGACCUUCUGUAAGUGAAGCACCUCUAGCCUAUCGAAGCUUUUCUCUCUAGCAGACUUGUGUGGCUCUCAUGUGACAACACAGCCAAGGGCCAGUCAGCCCAGCUGGAAAGGAGGCAGAAGCUCAGGUGUCUGGGUGAGGCCUGUUUCCUUUGUCACCUAUUGUAACACUCCUGGCAAAAUUUUGACAUCAGCGAAAAGAAGCAAAGCUUUCACUUUGGCCCUGAACGUAUUUUUCAUAACGUUCAGUUGCUGGAUUUUGACUGGUGGUUUGCAGAAAACAUUUAAUGUCUCUCACAGUAUGAAUAGUGGAAGGACAGCUCUUCGAAGUAAUUUAUGUGCUAAAUGGGUGUAACUUGCAAAUAGUCCUUGCACUAUAAGACUUGGCUAUUGCACUCUGGUCCUGCUCUGGGGCUUCUCAUAGGCAUCUGUCUGGCCACUGUGAGAAUAGGAUGUUGGACUAGAUGGGCCUGAUCCAGCCGACUCUUCUUAUGUUCUUAACAAUCCCUUUUUAUAGUAAUUGGCUUGGGAAGUGCAGGUUAUAAUAUAUAUAUUGUAAAAGUGGAAAAUGAAAAAGUUUAUAUAUGUUUGAAAAUAUUUAGCUGUACCAAGGGAUAUGGAGAAGCCCUUAGAACUGUUUUCAUUUCUGCAGUAACCAUUAAGCCCCGCUGCAUUAACCAACAACAAAUGAGUCAAGGCAUUCCAGUUUUGCCCUGUUUUAAAAAAAGGAAAAGCGAGAACAGCUCACAGAUUGAAUGGUUUAGCUGCUACCCCCCUGUACCCCCAUUAGAACAACCAGCAUUACUGCCAAAACACUGAGUGUGGUCCAUAUUUGUACCAGGUUUUCAACAUGACAUAUACUUCACGGGUUUGACUGAGGAAUAUUUUUUUUUAGGUCUUGUACCUUUAAAUACUUUAGUACGAUCUCUUUAUGUGUUUCUAACGCGUGAGGCUUUAUUGCUUAAAUUUGACGAGGAAAACAGUGUUGCUGCCGUUUGUAAGUUUUCGUAUACUAUUCCUUUUACUGACUUUAAGCACUGGCCUUACUGCAUUCAAAGAGGCAGUAUCCCGUUUUUAAGUGACCUUUGCAACCCAAGUGUUACUUGCUGUUUUAAACUUUGCAGUAUCUUUGAAAGGACACGGAGAUCUCUCAUUCCAUUCUGCAUGGAAGCUUAGAAAAAUUAGGCUCAGCUUGAAUGUUUCCAGAAGCCUGCUUUUACAUGUUCCUUAUACUUUAAAGGGGUGUGGAGAUGCACUGCAGGCCCCCACCCCAACAUUGUGAGCAUGAUUAGCCACACACCUGAAAAUCCCUGCAGUGUCUGCAGUAGGGAAACCCAUGGACUCAAACUCUGAUUGUACAGAGGUCUACCUGCAUCAGAUUCCCCACUCAACCUGUGGGUCAGGCUAGUGAAUGUGCACUAGGUCUGGGGCAGAGCCUGCAUCUGGGUCCUGGACCCCUUAGAUGCGCUGAGCCCACCUUUCACAUAAAUCACACGUGAAUGCAUCUUGUUUUGGUGUUAUUGCUGCUUCUCUGUGCUCAACUCCCAUGUUGUGUCAGUACUUUCCACACCGGUGGGCUUGCAAAACUGGUGUUUGGAAGUACCAUCGUCAUCCAGGCAAUUCAUCUGAUCUGGAACUUCAGACAUUAUCAGUGGCGCAAUGUGGAAGGUGACCACAGAGUGGUGACAAAACAGGUAGGAAAGGAAAUGUUUUAACUGAGCCAUCUUGCAAUGUCCAACCAAACUAGGACACCCAAAGAGUGAUAACACCAUUGCUCAGAGUCCUCUGUUGUAUUUGAAAUAUCUACACACACACACACACACACACACACACACACACACGAGGCAACUGAAUCACAUGCUUAAUACAAAGUUUACCGUGAUUUCCAGACCUGUAACACUGGCCAAGGUUCUGGGUUGCUAGUUUGUUUUGUUUUCUUUCAUACCGCAAUGUUAAUAUUGUUAAUAUCAGCUGUAGACUAUUGUAAAAAAAACAAAAAAAAACCGUUCAAAGAGUGUCCACAGUUUCAGAAGUUGGCUGCUGCCUGCUAUCAGCAAUUUGGUUAUCUAUCACUUUAUGUGUUCUAUUUGACAGAAGUCAAAUCUUGGAGAAGUAUUUAUUUUGCUGAAAAGAAAGUGCUGCCAUCUCACUAAAAAUGCUAACUGAAUUUGCAAUUCAGAUCUAACAGAGCUAUCCAAUUGUCUUAAGCUUUAUGGGAUAUCAUGCUUAGGGAGCUAUUUUUAUUGAAAUGUUGAAUAUACAGUCUAGCAAAGCAAAACAAAAACGAUGGAGGGAAAUGCUCUGGACAGAUAGAACUUUUCUCCCUUUUAUUGUGUUCUCUUGACACUUUUGUGAAUUUGAGAAGCCUGGAAUAAGGAACAAAUGCAAAACAUUUUGUAAAAAAUUGUACAAUACUGUUAUAAAAAAAUUUAUAAUCCUGAAAUGGUUGUGUUUAAUUAUUGUGGAAUAAACAGUAUAUUCAGAAUAAAAGUUUAUCAUUUGAAAUCAA